AUGGCAGGUUUAAAGUUCAAUUUGGUGGUUAUUAUGGCGCUCAUGCUUGCAUCUGAGCAAUUUCACGGCACGACAGCUCAAACUACUCAUGUGGUCGGAGAUGCCUUGGGAUGGAAUAUUCCUCCCAACGGACCUUCUGCUUACACCACGUGGGCAUCAGGUCAGACCUUCAGUGUUGGCGAUGUUCUUCUCUUUAACUUCACCACCGGAUUCCAUAACGUUGCUGAAGUGUCACAGGCGGCGUACGCCCCAUGCACCACCGCCAACCCCAUCUCAAUCGCCACCACCGGCCCCGCUAGAGUCACCUUGAACGCACCUGGCACUCACUAUUACAUCUGCACCGUUGGCACUCAUUGCCAAAUUGGUCAAAAGUUAACCAUCAAUGUCUCCGCUGUGUCUACCACCCCUGCUCCAACACCAACACCCACCACUCCCGCACCGGUUUCUCCACCGACCGCUACCCCUACUCCCUCCACUACAACCCCACCACCAACAUCCUCCCCUGCCCCUUCCUCCGAGGAAGGCAACCCAAUAUCACCACCUACCUCUGGCCAAUCUCCCUCAGGGAGUAACGCCCCUUCUCCCACGGAUAACACCAUUAUACCACCACCAUCACCAAGUUUUGCUCCAUCUUUCACCGCCGUGGUACCCUUCACUUUCUUGGCAAUCGCUUUAGCUUUCUUUUACUAG